AUGGAGAACGAGCUAGCUCGGGUGAUGACCGAGAUCACCGAGCUCCGAAAAGACAAGGAGUCGAAAGAGAGCGCCUUCGCGGGUGUUAUCGACAGCUUGCAAGUGCGCAAUGCGGGGCUUACUUCAAUGGUCGAGAACUUGGAGAAGAUGUUGGGAGACCAACGUCAGGCUAUCGAGCGGCACGAGCAGCAAUUGAAGCAAUUGAUGGAGGAUCGUGGCUCGUGA